UGAUUGGUCUAUUUACUUACUGCUUAUUUCUUACUACUACUCCUACUGCCAUUGUAGAAGACGCUUUAGAAUUUAUCUUGUCAUCGAUCUUAUCAUCGAUUGAUAAAAACACUUAACAUAAAUGUCAAGCUCAUUUUUGUUUCAAAGACAUCGUUCAUAAAUCGGAUUUGAUCGGACUUUGGUCUACGAAUAGAUCGAUGCAUAAAGCAUUAACGAAAUUGAUAACCUUAUUAAAAUUAAUCUUUUGUCACCAGAAAAAUAUUAAGGUAAAGUUUAGCAGUUUUUUAAGACACAAAUAUUCACUUAAUAUUUAAUACCAAAACAUCCGUGUCAAACUAUUUGUCCAUACAUCGAUGGUGCAACAAUAUGGCAGUCAAUAUAGUGAAAAAUCAAUUAUCCAAAUUUAUAAAACAGUUACAAACAGCUUCUACACUGAAAUACUCUACAAUAAUGUCAUCUGUUAAUUACAAAACAUUAGCAAUAUCUAUCCCAAAACCAUUUGUUUACAUGGUUAAAUUGAACAGACCUGAAAAACUAAAUGCAAUAAAUCCAACUAUGUGGCAAGAAUUCAAAGAAUGUUUUGAAACAUUAGGAAAGGAUCCAGAAUGUAGAGUAAUUAUUCUAUCAGCUACUGGUAAAGCAUUCUGUGCAGGAAUUGACCUACAGGGAAUGAUGCAACUAAGUCAGAAUAUAGCAGAAUAUGAUGAUAUUGCACGUAAAUGCAAAUAUAUGAAAAACCAAAUCAGAGAUUAUCAAGAUACAUUUAAUGCAAUAGAAAAGUGCCCAAAACCUGUGAUAGCUGCUGUGCAUGGUGCAUGUAUUGGUGCAGGUGUAGACAUGGUGUCUGCAACUGAUAUACGUUAUUGUUCUUCUGAUGCAUAUUUUCAAAUAAAAGAGAUUGAUAUAGGCAUGGCAGCUGAUGUAGGUACGCUGCAGAGAUUCCCAAAGAUUGUAGGAUCUGACAGCUUAGUGAGAGAGCUUGUUUAUACAGCACGAAAAUAUCCAGCAGCUGAAGCACUAAAAGAUGGAUUUGUAAAUCGUAUGUUGGACAAUGAAGAGAGCUUAUUGAGAAAAUCGAUAGAAAUUGCCGAAGAUAUCUCGAAGAAAAGUCCAGUUGCAACACAAAUCUCAAAAAUAAGUAUGCUGUAUUCCAGAGACCACUCUGUGCAAGAGGGACUAGAACAUAUCGCGAUGUAUAACCAGGUAAUGCUUCAGAGUGAAGAUUUGUUAAAUGCAGUAAUGGCACAGGCUACUAAAGGCGACCCUCCAAUAUUUUCGAAUUUAUAAUAUUUUGUUAUUAUAAAACACGUCUGUAUAUCUUCCAAAUAAGAUAUAUAUAUAUAUACUCUAAUAAUAAUAAUAAUAAUAAUAAUAAUAAUAAUAAUAAUAA